CAUGUUACAGAGGCCAGUUAACCUACAGACCCACACGUCUUUGGGAUGUGGUAGGAAACAGGAAAACAUGGAGGAAACCCAUGUGGUCACAGGGAGAACAUGCAAACUACACACAGACAACACCUGAGGUCAGGAUAGAACCUGGCGCUCUGAGGCAGCAGCUCUAUCGGUUGUGCCAGGUGCCACUGUAUUGCCAGGUUAAACGGGUACCAUUUGCCAGGUAGAUUAGACAAGUCCAAUGGGAGGCUGCAGGCCACUUAAACCACAGCCUAGUAAACCUCUGCAAGAAUAGAGAGUGGAGUGGGUGGUGGAGGAAGCCUGGGUUUAAUUUUGGUUAUUUUGGUUGCAGCAUCUCAGUAAAGUUUACGUUUAAAUUAGCCGGGGUCACUCGGAGGCCGAAGGCACACAAAAUUGCUGGAGAAACUCAGCGGGUGCAACAGCAUCUAUGGAGCGAAGAAAAUAGGCGACGUUUCUGGCCGAAACCCUUCUUGGAGGGUUAAACGUCACUCGGAGGCCCCCGUGUUUCCAUGAAGUGAGUGAGUGGGUCGGGGGUCUCCAGCUGACCCAGGGCUAGAUGUUCUGAAACUACAAGUGCCUGCCUGAAGUUUUCCAGCGCCCGUGUUUGCAGCGGCUGCGUGUGAACUUGCUGUCCCACAAGAGCUUUUUGUUUGCAUGUAGUGGGGGAUGUUCUCUGUUUAACUGCAGGGGAAGGUGGACGGAGGCCUGUGAAGGGGGCUCUCGUUGCUCUGAAGCUCUCGCUAGCGCUGAUCUGAGUGCGAGUUAGCCAGGGGGUGGGAUUGGCUUCGUUUCGCCAUGUGCCUCCCACUCCCCACCUUGAAUAAAGCCAGCUGGUGACGAGCCAGAGGGCAAACAAAGUAUUUUUGUUCACUGGACGUGUGUGCAAGUUCUCCUUCUUAUGGACUGAAGACCCGGGACUUACACGAUCACUGGAAGAAGUUUGAGAAGGAAGGGAGGAGAGAAGGAGAAUACCGCCGGCGAUCAAAUUACAUUUUUGUUUCUCUGUCUCACUGUCACUUCAUAACGUGGGAGUCGAGGGGCGAACUGAACGAGAUCACAUUCACAUUCAUCGUUGUUUUAAAUCGACUCAUUGGCAUUUUUUUCGUGUUUUUUUGUGAGUUUUUUUGUUAAAUGUGACGGCAUUUAAGGUAAAGAGUCCCCUCUCGCUGAGUUUGGAGAGAGGGGGGGAGGGGGGAGGAGGAGGAAUGGUGAAACCCCAGGCUACGAGCAAUGGAAACUGACGCGAUGGAAUUUGCUGAAAGUUGGGAAGCGGUCACAUCUGGGGCAAGGAGACGCGGGCGAAGGGGCCAGCAACCAGUUGGAUGAAGUUUCACCAACUUUGUUUCUCGGUGGAAAGGAGAGCCGACCCAUGGUGCGGAGAGGCGAGCGCAGAAGGGAUUUCUUUAACUUUGUGACUGCAAGUCCAAGAUGUCUACCGGGUGGGAGUCUUUUGUUAAGGCGACUGCAGCCUGCCUGCUUCUCCUCUCCACUUUCCCGGGGCAGAGCGGCACCAACCACACGUCUGCUCACGACCGCUGUAAGAAGGUGUCGGACUGCGAGCCGCUGAGGUACAGCACAUGCCUGGGCUCGGCGCUGCCCUACACACAUACCUCGCUCGCCCUGGCCGAAGACUCCACAACUCAAGAGGAGGCACACAACAAGCUGGUCCUGUGGUCAGGGCUACGUAAUGCUCCAGGCUGUUGGACUGUGAUUCAGCAAUUCCUGUGCGCCGUUUACAUGCCAAAAUGUGAACAUGGCAGAGUGGAACUGCCCGGCCAGGUCAUGUGCCAGAUCACCAGAGGCCCCUGCACCAUUGUGGAGCGGGAGAGAGGCUGGCCUGACUUUCUGAAGUGUUCCACGGACCGUUUUCCUGAAGGAUGCCAGAAUGAAGUUCAGAACAUAAAAUUUAACACUUCUGGCCGCUGCGAGGCUCCCCUGGUGCGUACAGACAACCCUAAGAGCUGGUACGAGGAUGUGGAAGGCUGCGGGAUCCAGUGUCAGAAUCCGCUCUUCACCAACAGCGAGCAUGACGCCAUGCACGUCUACAUUGCCAUCUUUGGUUCUGUCACCAUCCUCUGCACGUUCUUCACACUGGCCACCUUUGUUGCUGACUGGAAGAAUUCUAACCGUUAUCCUGCUGUCAUCUUGUUCUAUAUCAAUACUUGUUUCUUUAUCGGAAGUAUUGGCUGGCUUGCACAGUUCAUGGAUGGAGCAAGGAAGGAAAUUGUGUGCAAGGCUGAUGGAACCAUGCGACUUGGAGAGCCAACGUCCAACGAAACACUGUCUUGCGUUAUCAUUUUUGUCAUCGUCUAUUACUCUCUCAUGUCUGGCGUGAUCUGGUUUGUGAUGCUUACCUACGCCUGGCACAUGUCCUUCAAGGCUCUCGGCACCACCUAUCAACCUCUCUCUGGCAAGACCUCCUACUUCCACCUUAUCACCUGGUCAAUCCCGUUUAUACUCACCGUCACCAUCUUGGCUCUGGCUCAGGUGGACGGAGACUCUGUAAGCGGUAUCUGCUUUGUUGGAUAUAAGAAUUAUCACUUCCGAGCAGGAUUCGUCCUGGCUCCAAUUGGAUUGGUUCUGCUGGUUGGUGGCUAUUUUCUUAUAAGAGGAGUCAUGACCCUAUUUUCAAUUAAGAGCAAACAUCCAGGGCUCUUGAGUGAGAAAGCAGCCAGCAAAAUUAACGAAACAAUGCUACGUCUCGGUAUUUUUGGCUUCCUGGCAUUUGGUUUUGUCUUCAUCACAUUUGGCUGCCAUUUCUAUGACUUCUUUAACCAGGCUGAUUGGGAGAGGAGUUUCCGUGAUUUUGUUCUGUGUGAAGCUAAUGUUUCCAUUGCUGAGCAAACCAACACACCUAUCCCUGAAUGCAGCAUCAAAAAUCGCCCCAGUCUCCUGGUGGAAAAAAUUAACAUAUUUGCCAUGUUUGGGACGGGCAUCGCCAUGAGCACCUGGGUGUGGACCAAAGCUACAGUCCUGAUCUGGAAAAGGACAUGGUUGAGAAUUAUUGGUCGAAGUGACGAUGAGCCAAAGCGAAUCAAGAAAAGCAGGAUGAUUGCCAAAGCUUUCUCAAAGCGAAAGGAAUUGCUGAAGAACCCAGAUAAGGAGCUGUCAUUCAGCAUGCAGACUGUUUCUCACGAAGGCCCUGUGGCUGGAAUUAAUUUUGAUCUGAACGAGCCAUCUGGUGACCUCUCGUCUGCUUGGGCUCAACAUGUAACCAAAAUGGUGGCCCGAAGGGGAGCAAUUUUACCGCAGGAUAUUUCCGUCACUCCUGCAGAGUCACCAGUUCCUCCGGAUGACAAUACGAAGGACCUCUGGAUUAUUGAGGCUGAAAUUCCCCCAGAACUUCAGAAGAAAACUGGGAAGAAGAAGAGGAGAAAGAAACGUGUUGGACCUCUUGGAUAUCCAGAGGAGCCACAAGACAUGGGCUACUGCACUGAAAGAGCAUCCAGUACCAUCCCGCGCUUGCCCAAGUUGAUCAUGCAAAAAAGCUUGGUAUCUAAAGCAGUCGAACCAACUAACGUGCAGGAUAUUUUGCCAGGUGCUUUCUUGGAAUAUGGUUUUAGCCCUGGACUUCCUGAUGGGAGGCAUCUCAGAGGAGCACUUGGUAGCUCCUUGGGACCCAGAGGGAAUCCACCUCUAAAUCUGAUCGCAAACCUUCUUUCAGUUGAAGAUGUACUACAGAGUGACCUGGGAUUUUCCCCAGGAGAUCGAUUCCGGCCUCCACAGAGACCAUGCAAUCGUGCGGUCACUCGUUCCUCUGCCAAUAUGGAGCUUGGAGGACUCCCUGCAAUUAACAAUCCUCAUGUACCCAUAUCCCAGCGGAGAAGGACUGCUAUUGCACCCAUACAUUCAAGAACAAAUCUGGUGGAUACUGAGUUAAUGGAUGCCGACUCUGAUUUUUGAACCUUAGGUCAAUUGGAAUUAACAACAUGAAGUGCAGCACCAUCUGACUUCUACUGGGGACUUCAGUAAAUAGCUGCUGCACUUCAUAAGUUUGUAGAAUCCAACAAAGGUACUUUACUGAACAUUUGGAAGCAUGAAUAUCUGGUACUGCAAGUAAAUUCAUUGUUUAAAUAAUAUCAUGGAAACAGUAGGAAGCGGUUUACUACCUCUCAAAGUGAUUGGAGUAGCCCAACGUACUAGCUACCAUGGACUGAAAGGUGGCCCUUGACUUGAAACCUCACGUUUACAGGUCACAUUAUUAAACAAUCUUGACAGGCCAAUUUGAUAAAGUUACUGCAGGCAUUUCCAGAGCUAUGGCACUGAUCAACAGGAUUGGGAAUGCUAGUAACUUCUAAGUAUAGUCUUAUGUUCGGCUAGACGAGGAUUAUACAUCGAUCUUGAUAAAAUGUAGAUUUUUUUUUUUCACUACUCUUUACCUUCAAUAUGCAUUUUGUGAAUGCCCAAUAGGUUAAUCAUAGAAAACCACAGAAUAAGAUUUGGCCAUUCAUCCCAGCUUACCUAUGCUAGCUCUUUCCUAGAAUAAUAUAAUUGGAACACAGAACAGUGUGGCACAGGAACAGGCCCUUCUGCCCACAAUGUCCAUGCUGAACAUGAUGUACUAAUUACCACUGCAUGCACAUGGCCCAUCUUCCUCCAUUCCUUGCAUAUCUAUGUGCCUAUUAAAGCCUCUUAAAUGUCACCAUCAUAUCUGCCUUCACCACCAUCCCUAUACCCAUUGUCUCUAUAGCUUUGAAUUCAUAUCCAAUUUCCUUCAGUGGAUUAAACGCCUCCGCCACAUUCUUUGAUACUGUAUAGAUUCUGUUGGCGGCUGUUGGUAUAAAUUUGUUGCUUAUGACAUUUCGAAAGGUUAAAAUUUAACAACAACAACGUCAUUUGUUAAAACUCUUUGUGAUAUAAGCAUAUUUGAUCAGAUUUAGGAAGUGAUGUGUAGAGAUUUGAUCCAGGAUACUAUCAACCUCUCUUGCUCUUAAAGGAAUGUUUGUCAAGAGCUGCCUGCCCAACCCUGUUUGGCAGCAGAGAUCAGAGAUGGUUAUGCAGUCUAAAUUACACCUUUAAAGCUUCAUAAAAGUUUGUUAUAUUGUUGUCUAUCCGAUUAGCCCGGUUGUAGAUAUCAUGGGAGGUGGGGUGUUCAUUGGAUACAGACUUGUGAUGUUAACUGUAUUUACAGAAAUGGCAAAUAGUGAAAGAUCAGUCUGCCUUAUUCCUCCUCAAGCUGGUCACAUACCCUAUGAGCAUUGCAACCUGAACUAUAACCGUCUUUUGCCCUUUUAAUCCAUUACAUUUCUGGAGGUCCAGCAUCCUUCUUAACCUCUUGUAAAGUUCAUGUCAAUCAAAACAAUCCAGUAUCAAAUCCCAUUCACCAUAUUUUUGCUGAUCCACAUUAGCCAUAAGUCCCUAAUACAUUUGAAGUUUGUCUUUGAAUCCUUCAAUGGCAUCAACCCUCUUUCUCCACAAAUUCAUUCAAUUCUACAAACCUAACCAGUGUUUCUCCAAUUUUGAACCUUUCUGUUACCACCCAAAUGUCUAACCCUUCUCCUGAUACCUCCUUUUGAUGCAAAGUAGAGUUCUGUAUACUUACUUGACAAACCUUGGGAAAUAUCUCAAUAAUAAAUAUAUUCCGGCAGCUUACAUCAUGCAGUCUCUAGUCCAACUAAGGCAGAAGCUUCACAUUCAACCUCUCCAUAUAACGGGCAAUCACAACAGCUUAGUUUUAGGUUUGUUUAAUUUAGAGAUACAGCAUGGAAACAGGAUGUUUGGCCCACUGAGUCCACACUGAUCAUUGAUCAUCCAUUCACACUAGUUCUACAUUAUCCCACUCUCAUCCACUCCUUACACACUAAGGGCAAUUUACAUAGGCCAAUUAACGUACAAACCCACAUGUCUGGAAUACGGGAGGAAACCGGAGCACCCGGUGGAAAUCGGAACACCCAGAGGAAACCUUUGCUGUCACAGGGAGAGCGUGCAAGCUCCGCACAGACAGAACCUGAGGUCUGGAUCAAACCUAGGUCUCUGGUGCUGUGAGGCAUCAGCUUUAUCAGUUGCACCACUGUCACAUGACCUAUUCUCCUAGCCUGGUCUCCUAACAUCUAUGGUGCUGAAAUACAAAAUGUACUCCAAAACUUUUGAAAUAUUUCUUUAUUGAAAUUAUUUAUUGUAUAAAUAUUUUUCUGAAUGUAAGAAGUUCAAUGAAGAACACUGCAGUGCAGGUUCUGUGAUCGAGUGAUUUUGUUUGACCAGAUCAUGCAUCGGAAUUGCAGUUAAUUCUGAAUUUUAUUGAUUGAGGGAUAUGAUUUUCAUAUGGAUAGGUGCUAGUGUGUGGAAAGCAAAACGUUAAGUAAUAUUUUGAAAACAAAGGCACAAAGUCAUAUCGUAAAUGUCCAAGUUAGAACUACAGAUUUUCCAAUUGUAAUGGCAUUUGCUGCCAAACUAGAGUAGAACCGCAUUAUAAUUUAUCUUGGAUGAAGAUUUGGUCCCAAAAUUUAAGAGACCCAUUAUUCCCAUAUUGCCCACCUUGCCAAUAACAUAGUUGUACUUCAUACUGCACUGCUAUUACCCUGCUUUACUCUAUGCCUUGCUCGGACUCUGGUAAUCUACCAUUAUCAGGAGUGUUCGGUCCUAUUCCAGAGGGUAGCAGAUCAUAUUAGCUAAUCCAAAGAAAUUCUUCAGGCAUAUUGGAAUGAGUGGCAUUCCAGGAUCCCAAUCUGAACCUGCUGAGAGAUAUGAAUAUACAAAUAAGGGGGAAUAGGCUAUCUGCCACUUCGCCUUGUUCCAUCAUUCAGUAAUAACAUGGUUAAUUUACCUGUAACCUCUAUUCUGUAAUCCCACAUAAUUCCAAUAAUCUUUAAUAUUUAUUUUAAUAUUGUACAAAUUGAAGUGCUGUUUCCAACAAUGAGUAAAUUUUGAAAUUAAUAUAAUCAGGAAUUGUGUAGCAAGGUCCUGCUGAGUUACUCCAGCAUUUUGUGUCUAUUGUGUAGAAAGAAACUGCAGAUGCUGAUUUACACCGAACAUAGACACAAAAUGCUAGAGUAACUUAGCGGGACAGGCAGCAUCUCUGGAUAGAAGGAAUGGUUCUCGACUUGAAACAUCUGAAGAAGGGUCUCAACCCGAAACGUCACCCAUUCCUUCUAUCCAGAGAUGCUGCCUGUCCCGCUGAGUUACUACAGCAUUUUGUGUCUAAUCAGGAAUUGUUCUGUGCACUUUUAAUUACAAAGAUUCCAUUGCUUACUAUUACAAUUUGUUGAUAUGGGGUGAUUGGAAUUGUCUUAAGUUUGCCAGUGAGGAACCACAUGUUCUCUUAUAUGUUGCGGGUCAAGGCUUUCACUGACUGUCCUAAGCAAAUCAGCCUUUUGAUGAUGGAACGUAGACCACAGAGUGAUAGGUCACUCUGUUUGUUAACCAUCCCAACACUGAUCUUUGAACACAUCCUACAAUUUAAAAAACAUUUACUUUUCUGUGUUACCUUUGUUACUCUAAAAGAUAAAAUGUUGGUAUUGUUACUCAUGAAAUGUGAGGUGCACUUUAUCAGGAGUAAUGUUAAGAUUGUUUUUAAGAGCAACAUGGGUGAUACAAAUUGGCACUCCAUUCUAUGUCUCUCCCCACUUUUAUUUUCCAGUCACUGCUGAUUUGCUAUCGCUCAUCACUAACAUUCAAGGUAAAAACAUACCUACAGGUAAACAAGCAUGCAUUGCAUGGAUGGGUAUGUGUGAAUCCAAUAAACACCUGACAAAGAUCUUGGAAAUGUCUGAUCCUCGCCCGGUUCCCCAUCUCUGCCAACACAUAGUCUAUUUCUAUCAAAUACUGAAAAUGAUAUUUUUGUAUAGAAAUGUAAAUGGUUAUUUUUCUAUCAUAUAUAGCCAUUUAAAACUUAAUUUUGAUCAGUGUACAUAGAGGGCUGUAGUGCAAGAAUUUUGUAGUGGGGAAAAUGUCAUUUAUAAUGCUUAAUUUCUUAGUUUGCAUCUACUUAAUAAAAUGUUUUUCACCUGAUCAUUUUACAAUAAAAAGUUAAACCAAUAAACAUCAAACAA